AUGGUGGUUCUCGAAAAGAAUAAAGUAAGUACUUAUCUAUUAUAUGCGUAUAAAGUUGUUGUAUUAGGUGUUAAAUACUAUUUUUACAAACCUUGAAAAUAUAUACCAGAUACCUAACUUGUUGUUUAAAAUAAAAUACAUCCUUAUAUACUUAUUUUUAUGUUUGUCUUAUACGCUAGUGUUCCUUAAACUUUUUAAGAUUACUGAACACUAAACAAUAUUUUUUACACAGAAUCCCAAAAUAUAAAAAUAUAAUUUUUUAUUUUAAAAAGAAAUCUAACUUAAUUUGUUUACUCAUAUCGGUGGUAUUAUCUUCUAUAGAAUUAAAACAAAGUUGGAUUAGUUAAAAUUUAUGUAUAAAAAUUAAAAAUAAAUAAGUGAAUGAAUGCGUAGACUGGAAUAUUAUGAUAAGUGUAUUAUAUGACCCAUUUCGAAUUAAAAAUUCAUCAUUACUUAUGUCACAGUCGCAAAUGUAAAACUCUGAUAUACCUGAUGAUGAAUUUUUUGUAUAAUACACUUAUCAUAAUACUCCAGGUGACGUAUCCAUUCAUUUAUUUGUUUUUUAUUUAUAUAUUUAUUUUCGAGUAUUAACCAUUUUAAUAAUUUUGUUUUUACUUUAUUAUUUUAUUAUUUGUUAUACAUAUACAAUGGUCAAAACAAUAUUUACAACACAAAACAAUUAUACAAUAGGUAUUAAAUAUUUACCUUAUAUAAUAUAACGUUUUUGAUUGAAAUAUUGAGUUAAUAAGUAGAUACCUAGAUAAUUAAGUUGUUGAAUGUAUACAUAUUAAAAAUUCAAUGUUUGGAUCUGCCUCUAACUAACCUAUUAGCAUAUUAACUUCUGGCAAUGUAGAAAGUGAAUUGUAAAAAGUACCUAGGUACCUAUUUAUUACAUAGGUACUUUUUAAUAUUUAAAUUUGAUUGUUCAUUUUUGUUUACAUUGAAUAAUUUUAUUAGGUAUUUUUUAAUUGCUAACUAUUUCAAAAUGUUUGAGUAUAUAUAGUAACAUAAAAUAAUGUGCAAAAAUCCUGAAUUUACCGCUCGAGCGAGUCAGCCUGGAAUCUCAUACCACAAUAUUUUAGGAACUGUUUAAAUUUUAAAAUUUAAAAAGUAAUUUUACAGGAUAAUAUAAAUUCAACAUUAUUAGUUUGGUUGUUAGUUUGUGUCUUUAAUGAAAUAUGUUCUUUGUUUGACAGUUUUUGGAAGAGCUACAAAUAUUAUUUGAUAAGUCUCGUUCAACUGGAUGUGUAAGAAUUACUGUAAAACUCUGUAAGCCACUCUUGUUUCAUUCAUAAAUCAUAAUACAGUAAAACCUUUGUAUACAAAUAAUUAGGAUAGAAUAUUAAAAUCAUCCAUUAAAUAUAAUGAAAUGUAAUAAUUGAUGCCAGGGAAAAACUUAGGAUACAUAGUAUUAUACACAGGUUGUAUUCCUAACUGGGAGUCAUUAUAAUUAUUUGCCAUGUAUCUAUAAAUUAAGGUUUUACUGUAUAUAUAUAUAUAUGUAUAUAUAUGUGUCAAAAAUUAAAUUAUGCUUAUUUGCCUAUUUAGUACUACUAAGUGAAAAAUCAAAUGAAAACUCUAAAAUUGAAUUACCUAAAGAGAAAAUAUGUUUGAUCAGAGCAACAUUCAAAAACAAAAAAAUAAGUACUAGAGUGAGUUAAAUUGUAUUUAAAAUUCAAUUUUAUAAAUUAACUAAAUAAUAUGUUAUUAUUUCUGUACCUAGAUUUCUGCAAAUGAUGUAGUGUCUUUUCAAGAGAAGUACUCCACAUUAUUAAGAAAUUCUUUAAGUAGUUUGAUAAAAACUAAAAAAUUAAAAAAAAAAGUAAUGUCUUAA